AUGUCUUCACAAAAAGCACAAGUCGACGAUGGUGAGGAGGAUUCGUCAAACGAAACAUUUGUUGUGUAUGGAACCGAGCUUCCUUAUUCCCUCGAUUCAAGUGAACAAGAUAAAGGAAAAUUUCAACCGAUAUGGAAACAAGAAGCUCGCGAUGAACAAGGUGUAAGACGUUUUCAUGGUGCCUUUAAAGGUGGUUGGUCUGCUGGAUGGACUCCUUCUUCAUUCGUUUCUUCGCGGAAUAACAGAUCUGAACGAAAGACUUUCGAACCCAAAGACUUUAUGGAUGAGGAGGAUCUUGAGGAAUUGGAGCAAAAUAAGCGGCUUGUUACUACAGAAGAAUUUGAUUCAUUCGGAUCAACGGAACGCGAAUUAGAAAAAAAACACUCGAUGAUGGAAGGAAGAAGUGUGUUGGGCACCUUUCCGGAUAAAUUAAUCGAUGAUUUGGUGCUACCAAGUAAAGAACCUGUUGGAAUGCGGUUGUUAAAGGUUAUGGGAUGGCGUGAAGGUCAAGGAAUAGGACCCCGUAUUGAUUAUCAUACUUCGUUGAUGGAAGAUGACGACAUGAUUGUUAUGGGAGGCAAGAAAAACACUGUUCCGAAGGAAAAAAAACUUUCGACCUUGGAGAAAAAGUUGGGUCAUGGCGGAAGUUUGCCUCUAAAUGGAUUUGUAUUGGCUAAACUACCUGUCACUCUUGAUAAGUGGUUCAGUCCUCCCGUGUUACCGCAAGAUUUUACUCCCUAUCAUCGUUUUGAUUCAUCUGAUGAUGCCAAAAAUACCGAUGGUGUUUCCCCUUUGGUUCAAAAGGCCAUAUCAAAAAAGCAGACGACAUUAGCUGUUAUUGCAGAACAGCGGGGAGCAUUGUUAGGUGAGGUUCCUUUGAAUGCCCCUUCAAGAUCAGUAUUUGAUUACGUAUCCCGAAGUGAUAAGGAGCGAUUGGGCAAUUUAAUUGGAUGUGCGAUUGAUACAACAGGCGAAAAACCAGCAGAGAAAAAUUUCAAAGUUAACAUUCCAAAGGUAGAAAAAGAAGUUGCUCUACAGGCUUUAAAAGGGUAUAUUCCUUUUGAGGACAAUAAAAAGAAGCAAAUACGAUAUAAACAAUUUUUAGAAGCGCAAGCAGAGAUAACAUCAAUUGAGUUAUUGAAACAGCCAGAGGAACUCACCUCAGAAGAAUAUAUCAAAGAACUGAAUGAAUUUACACAAGCUGCAAGAAUAUUUCGUCCGAUAUCUAAAAUGAUGGCCUCGCGAUUUACUAGUAGUAAAUCGUCAUCCGAUGAAUUCAAACAACCUAUUUCAGAAUCGUCGGCAGAGACUGCGGCAAGGAUGAACAUGUUUGGGGCUCUUACAAGAACAAGAACAACCUUCUAUCCUACUCGACUUCUAUGUAAACGGUUUAAUGUUGCAAAUCCUCAUCCGGAUCAUAAAGAUGAUUCUUAUACUGAAAAAACACAAAAGGGUCAGAAGGAGGCUCUCAGCAAGGAAACAAUGGACGAUAUUCUUCUAAACCAAGAUUCACAGUCACUAAAAAAGUUUGGUAGCUCAACCGAUUCGACUAAUGAUAAUGAAAAUUCCGAUACCAAAAAAUUUUCCCAAGCCGAAUUCGAAACAUCCAGUCAAUUAUAUGAUGUUAAAGAGGUCGACGUACAACAUAAAAGGCCGGCUAUGGAAUUGUUCGAAUCCAUCUUCGGUACCUCGGAUUCGGAGGGUGAUAAUGACAAAGCACCUAAACAUAAGGAGCCCCCUAAUAUGAUAAUCGGAGAUUCAAACCCGCCAAACGCCGAAAAGAGUACAUCGUCAAUACAAUUAACCACAAAAGAUGAUGAAUCUAGCACAACACCCUUUCGACCAAUGUUUAAAAAACGAGCUGAUCGUACAAAUGAUUCGGUGUCUAAUCCCCAUACUGAAUCAAUAAACUCGAAAUCAUAUUCCAAGAUCAAAGGGAAAGAUCAGCCUGUCAAAGGAUCACUUUCAUUUGAAGAUUCUUUUAUUGGUCCCACGAUGGACAUUACUGCAUCAUCGAAACGUGAUUCUCAUACGAGCGAAUCAUCUAGUGAUGAAAGUGACUUAAAUUUACAAAAUGAAAGUAAACGAUCACAUAGUCAUAAACAUUCCAAGAAGCGCAAGACGGAAAAGAAGAAAAAACACUCGAGAGACGCCCACUCUAGUUCCAAGAAAAAGUCAAAGAAACGGACUCACAAAAAUGAUAGUGAUCACGAUGAAAAGCACAGGAAAACUAAAAAGAAGAAACGUGAGAAUGAGGAAUCCAGUGAAAGAAGAAAAAAACAUUCGAAUGAUGAUAUGUCUUUGGAUCAAGAAGUCAAAUUGCCGAAUAGAAGGAACUUGAUUCAAACAUCUACCCAAAGUAUUACCAAUCGUUCGCAUGAAAAUCGACAAGGUGAAUCAAGCGAUAUAACGAGUCGAAAAAGAAAUCGUCCAAGGGCGAUGGAUUUAUGGUAA